AUGCCUCCACGAAGAGUAAAUAGAAAUAUACCCGAGAAUGAGGAAGAACCCAGAGAACCUACGCCGCCGCCUCCACCUCAAGAUAGGAGAGUGGAAGAACUUUUCUUAAGACAGAACCCACCGACUUUCGCAGGCACGGGAGACCCUGCCGAAACGGAAGAAUGGAUUCGUGCUAUGGAACGAAUCUUUCGAUUUCUGAGAUGCAAUGACGCAGAACGUCUUAUGUGCGUGUCUUACCAGUUGAAAGGAACCGCCGACUAUUGGUGGGAAGCAAAGCAGAAAACUAUGGCCCCGGAGCAGUUAGAUGAACUCACUUGGGAGCUUUUUAAGACUGCUCUGUGUGAGAAGUUCAUACCCAGAAGUUAUAGGAAAAAGAAAGAGAUGGAGUUUACCACAUUAAAGCAAGGAAAUAGAACUGUAGUGGAGUACGAUCGACUAUUCUGUGAUCUGGCUCGCUAUGCACCGUAUAGAGUGGAUACGGAUGAAAAGAUGUCCGAGUUGUUUUGCGCCGGACUGAGGCAAGAGAUAAGAGUUGUAUUAGCAAGUCAAACGGCACUUUCCUAUGCCGAGGCCUUGAACAGAGCUCUAGAUAUGGAGCUAGCAAUGCAGCCGGAGAAAGCAACACACGCACCAACGCCUCCAUCAGGCCAUUACACGCAAGCAUCAAACACUCCCUACUCUAAUCAAGGACAGAAAGGAAAACGCAAAUGGGAUAAUCAUAGAAAUGACGGCAAGAAGCCAUGGCAAGGCCAGAAUGUUCAGCCUCCCUUCGUGAAGGGCGAUAAGUCUUUUUAUGGUGGACCAGCGACGUCACACCCCGGACACCAAGGGAUACCCCCUUGUCCUAAGUGUAACAAGUUACACACAGGAGUGUGCAGAGCUAGAAACCCAAAUUGUUUCACUUGUGGAAAACCAGGGCAUUACUCGAGCCAGUGCCCCAACCGACAGCAAGGGAUGAGUGGAGGAAGACCCAAUCAGUUUCCAACCCCACAGCUCAGGGCAAUGGAAGGAAUUCUCCCUCUACCUCAACCACUACAGCAACAACCUUUUCGCCGUCCAAACCAGCCUCACAAGCAGCUACCUGCACCGCAAGCAGGAAGACCACAGCAAUAUCAAAGGAUGUAUGCUAUCAAUCAGAAGAAUCAGGAUAAGAACCAAGGAAACCUAACAGGUAUUGGGGAACUGAAAGGUGUACCCAUUGUUAUUCUCUUUGAUACAGGAGCAUCACAUUCUUUCAUCUCACAUACCUGUGUGGAUACAUUAGAGUUGAAUGUAGAACCAGCCCAGUUACACUUAAGGGUAGCCACUCCCUUAGGGAAGUUCACCACCGUUACACAUGUGUGUCCUAACUUGGAAUUCGAAUUAGGACCUCUUAAGCUUAAGGCUAAGACGUUGAGAUUAAUGCGAAUGUGGACCACAGACAUCAUUUUGGGAAUGGAUUGGUUAGCAGAACACCAUGCGGUGAUACAGUGCGAGCAGAGACGGAUAUCAUUCCAGCCACCAGGCGAGGAACCCACAUGUUUUUAUGCCAUCAAUAGAAAAUGGAAGAAGACACCUAUCAUCUCUGCAGUGCAAGCGAACAAGAUACUAAAAGAAAAAGGUGCGACAGCAUAUUUAGUAUACUUGAACCAAGAAGAGGAAGCACAAGUGAAGAUUGAAGAUGUACCUGUAGUGCGGGAGUAUCAAGACGUUUUUCCUGAUAUUCUACCAGGUCUACCCCCGAACCGACAAUUGGAAUUCACGAUCGAUUUGGAACCUGGAGCAGCACCAAUAUCCAAAGCACCAUACAGGAUGACACCAGCAGAAUUGCAAGAACUGAAGUUGCAACUACAAGAGUUGUUGGAUAUGGGAUUCAUUCGACCCAAUCAAUUCGUGUUGGUAUUCAUAGACGACAUCUUGAUUUACUCAAAGAAUGAGAUGGAACAUGAAGAGCACCUUAGAACAGUGCUAGAGAAGCUAAGAGCUGAAAAACUUUAUGCUAAGUAUAGCAAAUGUGAGUUUUGGCUACGAGAAGUCAAUUUCUUAGGCCACGUCAUUUCAGCUGCAGGAAUCAACGUGGAUCCUGCCAAAGUUCAAGCAGUGCAAGAAUGGAGAUCACCAACGACACCUCACGAAAUUCGUAGCUUUCUAGGAUUAGCAGGCUACUACCGUCGUUUUAUACAAGAUUUCUCCAAAAUAGCCAAGCCUAUAACUCAUCUGCUCAAGAAAGAAGUCAAAUUCUUGUGGACGAACGAGUGCGAACAAAGCUUUCAAGAAUUGAAGAAGAGGUUGACCACCGCCCCAGUACUAGCCGUCCCAGAAGCAAACAAGGAGUAUACCAUAUAUACAGACGCAUCAAAGAAAGGACUAGGUUGUGUACUGAUGCAAGAGGGAAAGGCAAGGCCAACGUCGUGGCAAAUGCCUUGA